UACUAUACAUGCAACAUACUCCUAGCGCUCUCGAUGGACAGACAGCACCCCGCAGGUCAACCCAUCCUCCAUCCAUCCAUCAAUGCUAACGAAGACGUCUGUCUGCCUCUCUGUCUGUCUGUCUGUCUGUCUGUUGGUUGCGUACUGGGGAGGGAAAAAUGCGUCAGGCAUUGAUUGAUUCAUUCAUUCAUCCAAUUGAUGCAUCAGCCACACCCAAGAGAGACGGACAGACAGGUCAGUGUCGGCUAAUCUACGCGAAGGCCGCAACCAACACCUGACAACAGACAACGAAAGAAGGAACAUGUCGGGGGGAGGGAGGGAGAGAGUUCAAUCGCCUUCCUUUCUUCUCGUGAGGGAUCGGAUCUGACCUGUGGGUUCGUUCGUGUGGUGGGUGUCAGUCAGUCAGUGCUGCUGCAGGUUCUCCUGUGCGUAUUGUGCCAGCUUGGAGAAGUACUUGUUGAGGUACUCGAGCAGCCCCCUCGUCGGCUCCUUCGGGUGGGGCUUGUUCACAAACGGCACUUCGCUAGCAACUACACACACACACACACAAGACACACACAUAUGCCUUCCCUCCCUCCCUCACUGCCGACCCACUGAAGCUCACACACAUCGCAGGUGUGUGGCGUACGUCUCUGCAUGUGUGUGGUGCAAAUCUUGCGGAUUUCCUUCUCGUCCAUGUCGUCCACCGACUCCCCGCCCGCCCAUCCCCACGCAGACAACACCUCACGCAACACAUCCUCACUGGUGUGGCGCAACACCGCCGACAACGACAUCGCAGUCGCUUCUAACAGACACAGACAGACAGCCACACACGCACGAAUGCGGCAGUUGCUGUGCGUGUGUGUAUGUGUAUGUGUGUAAGGGUUGGUCGGCCAUCGUCCUCCCUCACUAGGUCGUGUUCUGAAUGUGGCACUGAUGGCAUCCACGGUGGAGAGCUUGCCCCCCUCCAUGAGCUGCCUCUCCGCCUCCCCCUGGGCCCACUGCUGGGCGGCACGCAGCCUCUCGUCCUCCCCCUCAUCCAUACCGUACUCAUCCAGAGCAGCAGCCUCCUGCAUACACACACACAGAAAGGUGCGGUGCGGUGGCACGGUGGUGGGUCGAGUCAUUCGCCCACCCCGCCACACACCCGUCCUGCCCACCUGUGCUUUGAGCUUGGCCUGUUUUUUCUUCUUGGGCGCCUCGGGCUCCUUGUCAGCAGGAGGAACGCGACGCUUCUGCGGCAGGGGGCCGGAGGCAGCCGCAGCAGCUGCAGCAGCCGCCGCCUGACCCCUCCCGCGCCCGCGGACCUCACCGCCCUCCUCUUCCUCCUCGGCAAUAUGCUCUGCAGGACAGACCCACCAGGAAGUGGCACCCAUUUACCGGAUCGGCUGUGUGUGUGGUGUGUGUGUGGUGUGUUACCUACCUUCAUCCUCUACGUACUCUUGCUCCUCCUCUUCCUCCUCCUGUUUGGCUUUGGCCUUGGCCUUGCGCGGCCUGCCCUUGGGCUUGGCCUUGCCCUUGACCCUGGCGGCGGCCGCUUUGCCGCCCCGCGGCUUCGGCUUGGCCUUGGCGGGGGCAGCUGACCCAUGCAUGCAUCCAUCCGAUCACACAUAGACAGACAGGGUGCAGUCUAUGUGGAUAUUUGUUUGCCGUUCAUGACGCGUGGCGUGGAUGUGUGGCUGUGUGGCUGCUCUGCGUGUGUACGUUUCUCUUCCUCCUCUUCUUGGGCCUCUUCCCCCUCCUCAUGCUGGUGCUGCAUGUGGUCCUCUAGGUCCUCGUCGUCAUGCUGCUCCAUGCCCUCCUCGUCCUCUACCUCACCUGCACACACACGCACAGGUACAGGUACACACGCAGGCUCGUUGGCGAGUCGGUGUGGGUGGCCGCCAGGACCUUGCUCCUCCUCCUCCUCUUCCUCGUCAUUCUCGUCCUCAUACAUGAUGGGACCUGGACGGACGAUAGAUACAUAACACAGCAGCAAACAGACACACUCGGUGUCUCUCAAUGACCCAGUCCAUCCAUCCAUCCAUUCAUUGGUCCUUGUGCGUGGAGGCCUCCCUCCCUCGAUGGAUCCAUCGACUGACUCACUCACCCAUGAUGACUUUCCUCUGCGAUCCGCCGCUGGUGAAUGCGUACUCCCUGGACGGCGGCUUGUUCCUGACUGCCUUCUCUAUCCUGCUCCGGAACCCAGGCAGACACAACACAACCUGACCACAUCACACACACACCAUGGACAGAGUGAUGCCAUAUGCUGAUGGCAUGCAGGAUGGCCAGAACUCGCCGCGUAGUGCGUUCGUUCCACGUACCGCAUCUACAGCCGCCUUCCUGCUCCUGAAGUGCUGCACCCUCGCCGUCUUCUCCUCCGCUUCCUGUGCCACACACACACACACACACACACACACACAGCCACCGGCAGCAACUUGAAGCGGUAAUGCGCACGGGAGCUGCUGCGGCGGUGUAGUUUCCCUCCCUCCCCACUGACCUCGUCGUCUGCGACUUCGCCGGCGAGGCCCUCGCAGAUGACAUAGUAGCCGUGAACGGGGCGGUCGUCACCCCCACGGGGCAUGGCUCUACUCAAUCACUUCUACGGCGUGGCUGGCUUGAGCAUCCACCCCUCGAACCCUCC